AUGUCAAUCGCCUCAAGUCUCUACGGUAUCAGCGGUGUCAUCUACUCCAACCUCUUCAUCAACCUUCCAUACCCCGAAACAAAAGAUGACCUAUCCGACAAAAUCAUGAUAGUCACCGGCUCCAAUACUGGUCUUGGCUUCGAAGCGAGUCAACAUCUUCUCCGUCUUGGAGUCGGUAAACUCAUCAUGGCAGUUCGUAGUCUUGACAAGGGCGAAACGGCACGAAAGGAGCUGCUCCAGUUGACGAAGCGAGCUCCAGAGUCGAUUGAGGUUUGGCAUCUUGAUAUGGCGAGCUAUGAAUCUGUCAAGUCGUUUUCUGCUCGUGCUAUCGCUGAGUUGCCUACCAUCGAUGUCGUUCUCGCCAAUGCGGGUCUUGCAACGUCCGACAAGUUCUCGAUGGCCGAGGAUAAUGAGAGAACAAUGACGGUCAACGUCAUAUCUACUUUUCUCUUGUUCUUUCUCCUGCUGCCUAAGCUUCAGAAGUCUUCAUACCCUGGCAAAUUCGUCAUUCCCAACUCUGCAACUCAUUAUUGGGCUCCCAUCAAGGAGCUGAUACCCGAUGAGAUGGCGGGAAAAAUCUUCUCACGACUCAACGACCCCGAAAAGUCCAUCAUGGGAUCUCGAUACUACGUCAGCAAGCUUAUCGUGCUUUAUAUCACUCGUGAGAUCGCAUCUCGCCUCAGAGCCACCGAGAAGUCAAGUGUCAUCAUCAACGCGCCAAAUCCAAGCUACUGCAAAUCAGGUCUUAUGCGAGAGAAGCAAGACGUUGCGCCGCCAGACUUCCUGGCUCGGUCAACAGAAAUGGGAAGUCGUGCGCUUGUUUCUGGAGUCUUGGCUGGUGAAGAAAGCAAUGGGCAGUACAUGAAUAACUGUCAAGUUCGCGGCCCAGCUUGCCAUGUCACGAACAAGACUGGUACGAAGAUCCAGAGUGCGCUCUAUGGGGAGCUUUUAGAGAAGCUGGAUAUCCUUGCCCCAGGAGUGUCCAAGAACAUUUAG